AUGAAAUACCGGCAGGUGCUCAAGGCCGCCGAGGAGCGCGACUGUCGCGAGCCGCGGGGAGACCCAUCGACGGCGUCGUCGGUGUCGACUGCGUCUUCGCGGCUCAGCGAGCACCGACCACGCAGCACGGAACCUGGCCGCACCAGCUGGCAGUUGGGGUCCUUGACGGAGGAAGAGGUGACACGGCGGCUAGAUCGGGAGCUUGCACGGGCAAGCCAGGAGUUUGACGACGACAACGACGACGUCGACAAGGCAUGCGUGUGGCGACAGGCGAGGGCUCUGCGCCAGACAGAGGCCGAGCUGGGCCGGCGGCAGGCUGAGCAUCCGGACCUCCACGGGCUCCGAAAGAUGCUGACCAAGGUGGGUGGCCCCCUGAGGGAGGAAGAGGUGACGUGGCGGCUGGAGCAGGAGCUGGCACGGGCAGGCCAGGAGCUCGACGACGACGCGGCGUGCGCGCGGCGGGUGGCGAGAGCUUUGCGCCAGACAGAGGCCGAGAUGGGUCGGCAGCAGGCAGAGCCGCUGGAGCUCCGCAGGUUGCGGGAGAUGCGCGCCAAGGUGGGCGGCUCCCUGAGGGAGGAAGAGGUGACGUGGCGGCUGGAGCAGGAGCUUGCGCAGGCAGGCCAGGAGCCAGACGACGGCAAUGCGUGCGCGCGGCGGGUGGCGAGGUCUCUACGCCAAACAGAGGCCGAGCUGGGUCGGCGGAUCGAACCGGAGCCGCCGGAGCUCCGCAGGUUGCGGGAGAUGCGCGCCAAGGUGGGCGGCCCUCUGGCGCAGGACCCCAUCAUCCCACCUGCGCGGGACAUCGAGGCGCUGAAGAGCAGGCUGUCGUCUCUCAGGACACGCCGGAUGGCAGUUGAGGCCGCAGCAGACAUCCCAGAGUUUAUCAUAGUCGACCAGAGAAAACCUGACACAAUGUCCCCCGGCUACCUCCGAUCGGGACGGGUGUCUGCGGAGCCACCCACUGAAAUCUUAAUAGAUUUAUAAUCCACCCAGUGAACAAAUAACAGCCCCGAGAAUUAUUAAAAAGUUUUUUAGAUAAAUUUACAUCAAUUAAAUUAUAUAUUUGAACAUUUCAUUUUCAAGUGUUAUUCUUUUUCUGUGCUGUCAUAUUGUUUUAUUUUCAGACCCGGGUACAGGUUUCAGUG